AUGCUGCUGCUGGCAGACAUGGACGUGGUGAAUCAGCUGGUGGCCGGGGGUCAGUUCCGGGUGGUCAAGGAGCCCCUUGGCUUCGUGAAGGUGCUGCAAUGGGUCUUUGCCAUCUUCGCCUUUGCCACAUGCGGCAGUUACACCGGGAAGCUCCGGCUGAGCGUAGAGUGUGCCAACAAGUCCGAGAGUGAUCUCAGCAUCGAGGUUGACUUCGAAUACCCCUUCAGGCUGCACCAAGUGUACUUUGAUGCACCCACCUGCCGAGGGGACACUGACAAAGUCUUCCUGGUGGGAGACUAUUCCUCAUCAGCCGAAUUCUUUGUCACAGUGGCCGUGUUUGCCUUCCUCUACUCCAUGGGGGCUCUGGCCACCUACAUCUUCCUGCAGAACAAGUACCGAGAGAAUAACAAAGGACCCAUGAUGGACUUUCUGGCCACGGCAGUGUUUGCCUUCAUGUGGCUGGUUAGCUCAUCAGCAUGGGCCAAGGGGCUGUCAGAUGUGAAGAUGGCCACUGACCCAGAGAACAUUAUCAAGGGGAUGUCUGUCUGCCAUCAGACAGGGAAUACAUGCAAGGAGCUGAGGGACCCUGUGACCUCUGGCCUCAACACUUCAGUGGUAUUCGGCUUCCUGAAUCUGGUGCUCUGGGUCGGCAACCUGUGGUUCGUGUUCAAGGAGACAGGCUGGGCCGCCCCAUUCAUGCGCGCACCCCCUGGCGCCCCUGAGAAGCAGCCAGCGCCCGGGGACGCCUAUGGCGAGGCGGGCUAUGGGCAGGGCCCCGGCGGGUACGGGCCCCAGGACACCUACGGACCCCAGGGUGGCUACCAGCCCGACUACGGGCAGCCCACCGGCGGCGGUGGCGGCGGCUACCCACAGGGAGACUACGGGCAGCAAGGCUAUGGCCCUCAGGGUGCGCCCACCUCCUUCUCCAAUCAGAUGUAGUCUGGUCAGUGCAGCCCGGGAGGACCCCAUGGGUGGGCAAGAGCUCAGAAGCCCUGCCCCCCUUCCCACCCCUACACCCCAGGUCUCCGCCCCUCAAGCCAGGAGACUCUAACUCUCUUUGCUGUUUAUAUAUAUAUAUAUUAUAUAUAAAUAUCUAUUUAUCUGUCUGAGCCCUGCCCCCACUCCACACCCCUCAUGCAUUAGGGGCCUGACCUUAAGUGGGCCCCUCUCCUACCCCCACUGCUUCCCUUGCAUCCCUUGGCCCCUCUCUGUUCUCUGGCCCUGUGCCCUGAGGUUGGGGGACUCUGAAAGGGGGACAGGGAAAAAACAG